AAUCCAUUGUUGAUCCCAUCAGAUCGGGCAUCGCAUUAUCUCCAAUACCCAGCUCAAUGCAAAAAAAGCACCUUGCUUUAUAAUUUUGAUUUGUUUUGUUCCAUUCCAGUUUAGUUAAAUUUUAUACGAUUUUAAAAUAGAGUAUAGUGUGAUUUCUAGUGGUUUGGUUCAUAUUAUAUUAUCCAAAAGAAUUUUAGGACAUUGGUAUCAUUGAGACUAAUUACCUACAUCUCCAAAACUAGUUAUGUCAGGACCGAUUCAAGACGUUGUAGAAGAAGAUGCAGCAGACUUACAAUUUCCAAAAGAAUUUGAAAAUGCAGAAACUCUUCUAAUAUCUGAAGUAGACAUGUUAUUAGAACACAGAAAAGCCCAGAAUGAAUCUGCUGAAGAGGAGCAAGAAUUCUCAGAAGUUUUCAUGAAAACUCUAACAUAUACUAACAUGUUCAAGAAAUUUAAAAAUAAGGAAACUAUUGCUGCAGUGAGAAACCUGCUUCAGUCAAAGAAACUUCAUAAAUUUGAGGUUGCAAGUCUCGCUAAUUUGUGCCCAGAGACCCCAGAAGAAGCAAAAGCUUUAAUACCCUCUUUGGAAGGCAGAUUUGAGGAUGAAGAGCUUAGGAUACUGUUAGAUGACAUUCAGACUAAACGAAGUUUGCAGUAUUAGUAUAAUAAUAUUACAUUUUAAAAUAGUCUUUCUGCCAUUGAUUUAAAAUUCAGAAGAUAGAUGUUACAGGCCUACAAACAAGACAGGAGCUCUAGUGAAAAAUAAUCUUGACAAUAAAUCAUGAUUAAUGUAA